AAAGGCAAAGCGAAGCCGUAAUAAUAUGCCAGAAUUGGGGGUAUAUUCUAGCAAUGACUAGAAGAAAGAGGCAUAUUCAGUUAAAAGACUAGAGGCAAGGACCGUUAGUUAUGAGAAAGCUAGAAGCAGCAAGCAACCAAAUACAUCAACAAGAGACGACCAAAAACCAUAGCUGUGAUGGCUCAUGCUCAUAAUACUCGUAGCUGGUAGUACCAAGAAAGAAGAAGGAACCCACCUCCUCUGCUCUGACCAUUUUGCUUGUUUUCAAACAUAACGACACCAAAGGCUCAAACUUCGUAGAUCGUUGUAGAAUCAGUCGGUCCUUAUUAUCACGUCACGCUCUCCCUCUCUCCUUCUCUCCCCCUCUCUCCCUCCUCCUUCCUCCUCCUGCGCGUACAAUCAAACAAUCUAUCAAGUGUCAGAUUGGGUUUUGAUUUUUCUGUUUACCCUUUUGAAUUUACAAUUUCGUUCGAAUUCAACCAAGAAAAAGGCGAUGGUUGAGGUGGCGGCAUCUUCGACAUCGUCGUCUUCAAUCUUCACCAACUACCCUCUUCUCUCUGCUGUUGUAGCUUUCGCCAUUGCCCAAUUCAUCAAGUUCUUCACCUCCUGGUACAAGGAAAGACGAUGGGAUUUCAAGCAACUUGUUGGAUCCGGUGGAAUGCCGUCUUCUCAUUCUGCGACUGUUACUGCGGUUGCUGCAGCCAUUGGGUUCCAAGAAGGCGUUGGCGGACCAAUCUUUGCAAUUGGAUUGAUCUUAGCAUGUGUUGUGAUGUAUGAUGCAACUGGUGUGAGAUUACAGGCUGGACGCCAAGCAGAGGUUUUGAAUCAAAUUGUGUAUGAACUUCCUGCUGAACAUCCUCUGGCAGAGAGCAGACCACUACGUGAACUUCUUGGACACACACCCCCUCAGGUUAUUGUUGGUGGGUUGCUUGGAAUCGUCACAGCAGCCAUUGGCUAUUUGAUUACUGUAACAAUCAGUCAUACAUGAUGCUGGAAUGGUUUACAUCCACAUAGAUAGUGAUACAAUAUAGCAGCAUCUCUUGGUGCCUCAUCUGUUAUACCUUUGGAUUGCAAAUUGCAGAUCCAUCAUACGCGGUAUUUUCCGACUGCGAAUACACAGUUCUUCUUGUCUAUAAUUCAUUAGACUGCGUCCAUUUGUAUAAACAAAACAUUUGUAAGAUGUAAUUUGAUUGAUUCUGUAUCUUUUGUGAUAAAAACAGUCUUGUUGAGACGAUUUGUACCACAGUGAGUUUAAUAAAGAUGCCAUAUUUUACUUUCG